AGGACAGGUUCGCGCGUCAAAAAAAACGAGAGGAUGGAUGCGCGCGGCGCAGCAUUUCUACUCACACUCCCCAAACCAAAAUUCCCGCCAAAGCCAAUCUAUCCAUCUCCGAAACAGAAACCGAAACCCCCAAACCCCGGGAAUUUUCCCGCCAUACCCAAACUCACACUCCCGAAUUUCUAUAAUCUAAACUCACCUUUUUCUUUUUUUGUUUUCACUUUCUUCUUCUCAUUUCUCACACUCUCUCAUCAAACGCAUUUUUCAUUCAAAUCACAAUGGCAUCGUCACGGCGCCAAAGCAAUGGCCGAUCCCCAAUCGUAAACCAACAGCGCCAAAUCACUGCCUUCUUCACCAAAACGACCUCGUCUUCUCCUUCACCAUCUCCAUCUCCCACUCUUUCCAAGCAAAAUUCCAAAUUUUCUAGUUCUGUCCCUAACCCUAACCCUAGCUCUACCCCCACCCCCAAUUCCAGUCCAAGCCCUACAACCCCUUCUCCUUUCCAAUCCAAGUCCAAGAACAAGCCCCUCUUAGUCAUCUCCGCCUCACCGUUAACUCCUAACGAUAAGAGAUCGUACGGUGAUGAUGUUGUGGGGAAGAGGAUUAGGGUUUUUUGGCCCUUGGAUAAGGCGUGGUAUGAAGGCACUGUGAAAUCUUUCGAUAAGGUAGCUAACAAGCAUUUGGUUCAGUACGAGGAUGAUGAGGAGGAGCUAUUGGAUUUGGAGAAGGAGAAAUUUGAGUGGGUCCAAGAGACCCUCAAGAAAUUCAAGCGGUUGCGCCGGGGUGCAUUGGAUUCGAGUGAGGCGGUGGAGAUUGUUGAGGAAGAGAAGGGUGUGAAGGAAAUUAAGCCGGUACAGAGGCGGAGAGGCGUGAAGGCCGUUGUUGAGGAUGAGGAUGAUUCUAGUGAUGAAGAUUGGGGGAAGAAUGUGGGGGAAGAGGCGGUCGAGGAAGUUAUGGAUUUGGAUGAGGAGGAAGAAGAGGAUGUUGUGAAGGGGAAGGGGUCGAAAGGGAAGCGUGGGUCGAGGAAGAGGAAAGCGAGUGAGGGGGAGAAAUUGGGGUCUGCUAAGAAGAACAAGGGAGCUUUCCAGUUUUCCUUGCUGGUGCCUACUAGUAAUAAUGCUGAAAGUGGAAAGGCAUCUAAUGAACUUGGUAAUGCCUUAACGGGUGAUGCCACAGAGAGGUUUGGUACGCGUGAAGCUGUAAAGUUUCGCUUCCUUGGGGAAGAACGCAGGGAUGCAAAAAGAAGGCGUCCUGGGGAUGCAAACUAUGAUCCGAGGACACUUUACUUGCCUCCUGAUUUUCUAAAGAGUUUAUCAGGUGGCCAGAGACAAUGGUGGGAGUUUAAGUCAAAGCAUAUGGACAAGGUGUUAUUUUUCAAGAUGGGAAAAUUUUAUGAACUUUUUGAAAUGGAUGCACAUAUAGGAGCAAAGGAACUUGACUUGCAAUAUAUGAAGGGAGAACAACCGCAUUGUGGAUUUCCAGAAAAGAACUUCUCUAUGAAUUUGGAGAAAUUGGCAAGAAAGGGUUAUCGGGUUCUUGUUGUAGAGCAGACAGAAACCCCUGAACAACUAGAGCUUCGUCGCAAAGAGAAAGGUUCUAAGGAUAAGGUUGUGAAACGUGAAAUAUGUGCAGUGGUUACAAAAGGAACACUUACUGAGGGAGAGAUGCUGUCAGCAAAUCCUGAUGCUUCUUACCUAAUGGCAGUGACUGAAGGCUGUCAGAGAUUGGCAAACCAAAAUGCAGACCGCAUUUUUGGUGUUUGUGUGGUUGAUGUUACAACCAGCAGGAUUAUUCUUGGACAGUUUGGGGAUGAUGCAGAGUGCAGUGCCUUGUGUUGUCUAUUGUCUGAGCUAAGGCCAGUUGAAAUUGUAAAACCUGCUAAACAGCUCAGUCCUGAAACAGAGAGAGUGCUGCUGAGACAUACAAGAAAUCCAUUAGUGAAUGAUUUGGUUCCACUCUUGGAAUUCUGGGAUGCUGAGAAAACCGUGCAUGAAUUCAAAAGUAGCUACAGCCGUAUUGUUGAACAAUCAGUUUCUGGAUCUUUAAAUGAAACAAAUUUGGAUGGUCUUCAGUCUCAAGUGGAGGAAAAUGGUAUGGGCUGGCUACCAGAUGUUCUGUCAGAUCUGGUAAAGGCAGGCGAGAAUGGCAGCUGUGCACUUUCUGCUCUUGGAGGCACAAUAUUCUAUCUUAAGCAGGCUUUCCUGGAUGAGACAUUACUUCGAUUUGCAAAGUUUGAGUUACUUCCAUGCUCUGGUUUUGCUAAUAUCGUCUCAAAACCAUACAUGGUUCUUGAUGCAGCUGCCCUGGAGAACCUUGAGAUUUUUGAGAAUAGCAGAAAUGGAGACUCUUCAGGGACGCUCUAUGCCCAAUUGAACCACUGUGUGACAUCAAUUGGGAAGAGGUUGCUCAAGACAUGGCUUGCAAGGCCUUUAUAUCAUCCAGAGUCAAUUAGGGAACGGCAGGAUGCUGUUGGAGGUUUGCGGGGAGUUAAUCUAGCUUUUGCACUUGAAUUUAGAAAAGCACUGUCCAGGCUACCAGACAUGGAGCGGUUACUUGCACGUGUUUUUGCUAGCAGUGAGGCUAAUGGAAGGAAUGCCAACAAAGUGGUUCUAUAUGAGGAUGCAGCAAAAAAACAGCUCCAAGAGUUUAUAUUAGUGCUACGUGGUUGUGAAUCAAUGGCCCAAUCAUGUUCCUCUCUUAGUGUUAUUUUGGAAAAUGUUGAAUCUAGAGUCCUUCAUCAUUUGUUAACACUUGGUGUAGGUCUCCCUAACAUUGAUUCGGUUAUAAAUCAUUUCAAGGAUGCUUUUGAUUGGGUAGAAGCCAAUAAUUCAGGACGUAUCAUACCUCAUGAAGGAGUUGAUCUGGAGUAUGACUCUGCCUGUAAAAAAGUUAAGGAGGUUGAGUCUAGUUUAACAAAACACCUCAAGAAUCAGCAAAAAUUACUUGGAGAUGCAUCAAUUACAUAUGUCACAAUUGGAAAAGAGGCAUAUCUCUUAGAAGUACCAGAAAGUUUGCGCGAGAGAAUUCCUCGUGACUAUGAGUUAAGAUCAUCUAAAAAGGGCUUCUUUAGGUAUUGGACUCCAAGUAUCAAGAAGUUGUUGGGAGAGCUUUCACAAGCUGAGUCUGAAAAGGAAUCCAUGCUGAAAAGCAUUCUUCAGAGGUUGAUUGGACGUUUCUGUGAGCAUCAUAAUAAGUGGAGGCAAUUAGUUUCUGCUACUGCAGAGUUGGAUGUUUUGAUCAGUCUAGCAAUUGCAAGUGAAUAUUAUGAAGGGCCAACAAGCCGACCAAUUAUAUUAGACUCAUCAAGUUCGGAUGAAGUGCCGUGCUUUUCUGCAAAAAGUUUAGGACAUCCUGUUCUUAGAAGUGAUUCUUUAGGCAAGGGUACCUUUGUUCCCAAUGAAAUUAUGAUUGGUGGUUCUGGUCAUCCUAGCUUCAUCCUUCUCACUGGUCCUAACAUGGGGGGGAAAUCAACUCUUCUUCGCCAAGUUUGCUUGGCUGUGAUUUUGGCCCAGGUAGGAGCAGAUGUCCCUGCAGACAGUUUUGAGUUGUCACCUGUGGACCGAAUCUUUGUUCGGAUGGGUGCCAAAGAUCAUAUCAUGGCAGGCCAAAGUACAUUUUUAACUGAACUCUCAGAAACUGCAUUAAUGCUGUCUUCUGCAACUCGUAAUUCAUUGGUGGCAUUGGAUGAACUUGGACGUGGAACAUCAACUUCAGAUGGGCAAGCGAUUGCUGAAUCAGUUCUACAACAUUUUGUCCACAAGGUGCAGUGUCGAGGAAUGUUUUCUACUCACUAUCACCGAUUAGCUGUAGACUAUCAGAAUGAUCCUAAGGUUUUGCUUUGUCAUAUGGGAUGCCGAGUUGGGAAUGGAGUUGGAGAUGUGGAAGAAGUUACAUUUCUUUAUAGGUUGACACCUGGUGCAUGCCCUAAAAGCUAUGGUGUUAAUGUUGCACGGUUAGCUGGACUUCCCGAAUCUGUACUUCAAAAAGCUGCUGCUAAGUCCAGAGAAUUUGAGACUACAUAUGGUAAACACCUGAAGACAUUUGAAGAUAACUUGAAUAAUCAAAGUUGGAUUGGGGAAAUGGUAGAAUUUGUCAGAAAGUUUAUAGACAUUACAGAAAAUUUUAGUUGCAACAAGUCUCCGGAGAGCACUGGUGCCAGCUUCCCGACUGAACUUCAACAUAGAGCACAAAUACUUCUACAGAAAAUUUGAACUGAUUGAAUGUAUUGCUUUGUGAGACUUGGGUGGCCAAGCUUCAGCCGUUAAUGAUGUAAAUUUAGAACCGUUUAUCAUGAUUCCUCAUGCCUACUUCCUAGUCACUGUCAAUAGUGUUGAAGCACAGUUCAUAUUUUCAGGACCAGCUGAGGGUGUAAAGUGAAUAUCCAGCCAUGCUUGUCAGAACUUGCUAUAUAGAACGACACAAGUCUAAUUUUAUUGUGUAAGAAUCUCACUUUUUAAGUUGGGAGUGACCAACAUUUUUGUAUAGUAAUUUGUGAGAGAACUUUUUAGGCUAAUUUUUUAUGCCCGAAUUGUAAGUAGUGUAGCUGAUUUAAAUUACAGUUGGAUGUCACAUUCGAUAUAGUGGCAUCAACUUUCAACCAACAAAACAAAAGUUGUUGGCUUUGUCCUUAAUCUAUGAAUUUGGCUUUUCAUC